AAAGCAAACUUCCUAAGAGAAGAACCGUUUGAGUUAACAUUAACCCACAUACGAACUGCAGAUUAGGAUCUUCGAUGAUGUUACACCAUCCAAAAUACCUGCAUCGAUACUAAGUACCCAAGUACAAUUCAUUCUGCAGCUCAAAGAACUCGAUUGCUAGAAUGCAUCAAGGGGUUUCCUAAAUAGGUAAUGCAUUGCUUCAAAACGCUAGCGCGAUUAGGAGAGAGGGGUGGCAACCCUACCCAAGUCGAUAAGGUACGAUAAUGCGGCUAAUUCUGGAACCCCUCGUGACUCGUGACAACAUCAACGGUAGCUGCUUCGUUAAACAUGAUUUAACCUUAUCCAUCUUCGAUAAAACUCAACUAUCAUACUCGUAUAUACAUACCUAGGUAGUAUCUAUUCUUUUACAAUCUCAAUACCAUUCAUAUCAUAUCAAUUUAACCGCCAAAAUCAUGUUGCUCAUAGGCCUAACUGGCUCUAUAGCCACUGGAAAAUCAACGGUAUCCACUAUAUUGGCUUCACCUCCUUAUUCAUUACCUAUUGUCGAUGCCGAUAUAUUCGCCCGUAAAGUGGUCGAGCCUGGGACAAGAGGCUAUAACGCUAUUGUGAACUACUUCGGACCUAGCACACCAGACUUAUUGGUUCCAAUUUCGGACUCUAUGCCAGCUAAUGGCCCGGAUGGCAAAGGCAGACCGCUAAAUAGGCCAGCAUUGGGGAAACGUGUCUUCGGAAAUAGUGAAGAGAAGAAGAAGGAUCGAAAUGUUCUCAAUGGAAUUGUUCAUCCGGAGGUACGAAAGGAGGUGUAUAGGUCUCUCUUUCGAAACUAUAUCAAGGGCAACUGGGCCGUCGUGCUUGAUAUUCCAUUACUUUUCGAAAGUGGAUGGGAUAAACUAUCCGGCGUGGUAAUGGUUGUGGCUGUCCGGGAUCCUGAAGUGCAAAUGAAAAGGCUCAUGGCGCGUGACCCUCAUUUAAGCCAGAAAGACGCUCAAAAUCGCAUAAAAAGUCAGACAGAUGUGAGGCUCAAGGCAAAGAGAUGUGAAGCAAGGGGCAAAGGGAAGGGGGUGGUUAUAUGGAACGACGGGUCGAAGGAGGAGCUAAAGGCCAACAUAGAUGCUGCGCUCGAGAAAAUUAGGGCAAUUAACCCGCCAUGGUGGAAUUGGGUCUGCCUUCUUGUCCCUCCGAUAGGGGUCGCUGCAGGUGUAUGGGUAUAUUGGCAAAACAUCAAUAUUAACAAGAGGUGGAGUAAGAUUGAACAGGACGAGAUCGCAAAGCUAUGAUAUUACAGUCUAGUUUCUCCAGGCGUUGUGUGUACAUACCUCGUUACCUAGGUAUAUGUGCAUCAAUCUUCCAAUCCACAGUGUCUAGGAAGACGAAUAUUGAAAAGAGGAAAGUGCGAAAGAAUUUCUAGCAAUAGGGAAACAACCACUGUGCAAAGAUCAUUCAUCCGAUAAGAGAUCGCUAAGUUGAUUUCUCGAUGCACAAACUAUCUUUCUUUUCUACUUAUACCACCUUUUUUUUCACGAGUUCUUUC